GGGACGCCGGGCUAACAUUUUGAGCUUUCACACCCGAAAAGACAGGGCUUCUCGGGUUUACUGCACCGUCUGAAUCCCCUACGGUCCAGCCUUACAGGGGUGCUGUUUUUGCUCGCGCCCGUGUACGCUAAAUAAACGCAAAAAUUGGGAUAGUAAAAUAACAGCUUUCGCUUAUCAUGAGAGGGAAGAGGGGCAGGCCGCCCAAACCGCUACAAGCCGAGGAGCCGUCUCCAGCUACGGCCCGGGGCUUGCGACCCAGGAGGAAUCUGAAGCCCAGGUUAAGAGACAGCGGGGAUGAGGACGUCGAUAGCCCCACAAGGGAGACCACCAAGUCGGCCAAAAAGAGGAAAGGGGGAUCCGUCACGUCAACAAGAGGCAGGGGACGAGGUAGAGGUGGCGGCGGUGGCGGUGGCAGAGGAGGCAGAGGGGGUCGUGGAGGAAGGCGGACGGCUGCGUCCAAAACAGUGGUGUACGACGACCACGAGAGCGAGGAGGAGGACGAUGCUGUCAGUUUGAGGUCGGAGGAGGACGAGUUUAUUGAGGAAGAACCUCAGUCCGAGGAGGACGAGGCCCUCAAAGAGGACUCUGAUUGCCUCGAAGAUGAUGUGCUGGACGAGGAGGAGGAUGAUGAUGCCAGCUACUGUACAGAGAGUAGCUUUCGGAGUCAGAGCACACACGCCAGCACUCCGGGGAAGAAAAAAGCGCGUGCUCCACGACCUCGCACUCCCAUUCUCGAGGAGAAGGAGAUUCCUCCUCUUGUGCUUCCUGACACCUCCGAGGACCUCCUGGUGCCUAAUGAGGAGCUGCUCAAUGCCAUCUCCAUCUACGAGGUGCUCCGGAACUUCAGCACAGUGCUGCGUCUCUCCCCCUUCCGCUUUGAGGACUUCUGUGCUGCACUGGUAGGCCAGGAACAGUGCACUUUAAUAGCCGAGACGCAUAUUUCCCUCUUGAAGGCCAUCCUGCGCGAGGAGGACUCCUCCAACACUACCUUUGGCCCUGCUGACCUCAAGGACAGCGUCAACUCCACUCUGUACUUUAUCGACGGCAUGACAUGGCCUGAGGUGCUGCGGGCGUACUGUGAGAGCGACCGGGAGUACCAUCAUGUCCUGCCGUAUCAGGAGGUGGAUGAGUAUCCCUACGGUCCGCUUGGAAGUAAGAUCAAGGUGCUACAGUUUUUGGUGGACCAGUUUCUCACCACCAACAUCGCCCGUGAGGAGCUGAUGUCAGACGGCAGUAUGCAGUAUGACGACCACUGCCGUGUAUGUCACCGCCUGGGUGACCUGCUCUGCUGUGAGACCUGCUCAGCGGUCUACCACCUAGAGUGUGUGAAACCGCCACUGGAGGAGGUUCCAGAGGACGAGUGGCAAUGCGAGAUUUGUGUGGCACACAAGGUGCCUGGUGUCACAGACUGUGUGACAGAGGCACAGAAAAAUAGGCCCUACAUCCGUCAGGAGCCCAUUGGAUAUGACCGCCACCAGAGGAAAUACUGGUUCCUAAAUAGAAGGAUUAUUAUUGAAGAAGACGGUGAGCACGAGAAGAAAAAGAUCUGGUACUAUAGCACCAAGACGCAGCUGGAGGAGCUCAUGGAGUGCCUGGAUAAGCAGUACUGGGAGAUGGACCUCCAUGCCACCCUGGAGGAGAUGAAGGAGGAAGUGCAAGCUCACAUGGACAUCACAGAGGACCUUACCAACAAAGCCAGAGGAAACAAUAAAGCCUACCUCACUGCUGUCAACGAUGUAAUUAUGCAGCAUAUGAAGGUGUUGCAGGAAGCACAGGAAGCAAAGAGGCAAGUAGGGGACACGAAGCAGGAAGCAGAAACCGGCUCUGUUAAGACAGCGGAGAGCGAGCUCACCUCGCAGCUCGACAGCGGAGAGCACAAAGACACGGAGCCCAAGGAGGAUGCUAGUUCACAAGCAGCCGCGGUCCCCUCAGCUGCAGAGGAGAGCUGCUCGUCCGAUCCUAACCCCGGCUCGGCCACCCGGACCCUUGGCUCGGACGCAGCCGCGCCUAAAACAGAGUCCCUUGAACCUAACAAGGAGACGCAGCCUGCUCUCUCCAGGUGCCAGGAGAGUGGAGAGUCCCCUCCGCUAGCAGAGCAGCAAAGGACAGAUGAGGAUGCAAAAGCAGAGUCUACCAGUGAAGACAAGCACCGUGACGAGUCACAGUCACAAACGCAGGAUGGGCCUCAACAGCAGUGUUCUCAGCCACAGGCGAGUAGUGGCAGCAGCCAGGUCUCUGGAUGUGGGAGCCUCAGGAAACCAGAGCAGCCUGACCUGGCUGAUCGGUCCUCUCAGUCCUCUUUUACCAGCCAGGACGGGACAGAUGAGUACAAUGAAAGGGUCAAGAGUGAGAGAGGGAGAGCAGCAGGACGGGAAUCAAAUAGCCAAACGCCCAGAGGCAGCAAAGAGUCAUCUCCUGUUCGCUCUGAGGGUGAAGCUUCGCGUCUCAGCUUCUUAAAGAGGGACCUGACAGUGAAUUUGAACAACUUGUUCAAACUGGGUCAGGAGGGUAAAUACAGGGUUUACCACAACCAGUACAGCACCAAUGUCCUGGCCCUAAACAAGCAUCAGCACCGCGAGGACCACGACAAGAGACGCCACCUCUCCCACAAAUUCAGCCUGACCACCGCGUCUGAGUUCAAAUGGAACGGCUCCAUCUACGGUUCACGGAGCCUGACUGUCUCCACCCUGCGUCUCACCAUCAUCCAGUUGGAGACUAAUGUCCCUGGACCUUUCAUGCACCCUAACUGGGCAUCGCACAGGACCAACUGGAACAAAGCAGUGCAGAUGUGCAGCAAGGCCAGGGAAUUUGCUUUGGCCUUGGCCAUACUGGAGUGUGCCAUCAAACCAGUGGUCAUGCUGCCUGUAUGGAAAGAUUCUCUUGGACACACAAGGCUACAUCGCAUGACCUCCAUGGAGCGGGAGGAGAAAGAGAAGGUGAAAAAGCGAGAGAAAAAACUGGAGGAUGAGGAGACACUGCAACAGGCCACGUGGGUGAAGUACACAAUCCCCAUCAAGCACCAGGUGUGGAAGCAGAAGGGGGAGGAGUACAGAGUGACAGGAUACGGUGGCUGGAUCUGGGUCAGUAAGACUCGUGUGCCGCGGUUUGUUCCGAGGCUGCCAGGGAACACAAAUGUGAACUAUCGCAAAAUACUGGAGGCAGCUAAAAUGAGCAAGGAAAAUGCAGCAGCUUGCACAAAUAAGAAAAAGUUGAUGGAAACUGAGAAGCAGAGUAGUCAAAACACAGCGGACGAGGACAAUAAACAAGCACCCAUCACUACGUCAUCUCAGAGCACUUCAUCAGAAGGUGGCAGCAAACCUCAGACCUCUGAAGAGGAAGAAAACCCCCCAGAGGAGCAACAGGGAACAAAUGAAGAAGAGAACAGAGAAGAUGAAAAAAUGGAGGUUGACCCCUGCCCAGAAACUGCUAGUUCAAGUGAUGAAAAGGAUAAAGCUGAAAACAAAAGCCCAUCCACGCCUUCUGUGCAACCUCUGAUGGAAGAACCAAUCCAGAAAGCCGAACGACCCAAGAAGGAGGAGACCGCUGCAUCAACGCCCUACUACGAUGUUGUGAAUGUCAGCGAAGGCUUCCAGCUGCGGACAGCUUAUAAGAAGAAGGUAAAGCCCUCCAAACUGGAUGGGCUUUUGGAGCGCCGGGUAAAACAGUUCACCUUGGAGGAGAAGCAGAGGCUUGAGCGGAUGAGACAGGCAGCUCUGCUGUCCAAAAUGGCUGCCACAAAGCCUACCUCUGGAGUUAAGACUGAAGGAGCAAUGUCAGGCAAAGAGCAGCCUGCUGUUUGUGUUAAAGAAGAGAAGGAGGAGAGCCUUCAAGUGAAAGACCAUGUGGUUAAAAAGCUUAACUUUGAACAGGAGCAGACAGAGAUAAAGGCAGACAACUUGGACAUCAAAUCAGACGCCACAGCGCCCAACCACAGCAAACAGACAGAAGUAAACGCUGUGCAGGGGAACGGUGGGGAGGCCUUAGCUAAUAAAGAAGUGAACGGAGGACCCCUAGCAAACACUGAGCUCAACAGUAAAAACAAUUGUAUAUCCGAUGCAAUUGAAAGCAAAGAAAAAACACAGAAGGCAGAGGUGGCUCGUGUGGGAGAGAGCGCUAAGAAACGUGGGUAUGAGGAAAUGGAACGAAGCAGUGGACAGAGCGACACAGAGGUUGACCACAGCCAGACCAGUCCAGUGCAGGUGAAUGGGAAAGCUGGGGCUGCCACCCCUGCAGACUCAAACAUCAACUCAGACCCAGCCAGAGUCCAGAGCGACAUCAAAGAGCCUCAGAAAGAGCCUGUCAAGUCUCUGAUGAAUGGAAACCUCUCGCAAAACGAUGUGUCCAACAUAUGUCAUCCACCUCCCCUUAAAGUCCCGAAAUUAGAGAACCAUGUGGCAGAGAAAGGAGACUCGCUCAAUAAGAGUGAGGGUGUGGCUGUCAACAGUGAGGGGACAGUGCCCACUAAGCUUCCAUCCUCAAGUCCUUCUUGCCUGAAUAGUAAUAAUACCGACAGUAACAGUAGUAGUGAAAGUUUGAAAACCACUGCCCCCACCGAAGGGUCUCAAAAUGCACUGCAGUCUGAUGUGACAUCUCAAGCGGCAAGUAGUGCCAUCUCCUCUGUUACCACCACCACCACCACCCAGCCCAGCUCCAGGGCAGUUGUUCCCCAGAAGACCAAAGUUCCAGUCACUGACACUAAGAUGGCAACCUCUGGUUCAACAACAACCAGCAUGACCAUUAGUAAAGAGUAUUCCACCAGAGACCGAGUCAGCCUUCUCAGGUUCUCCAAAUCCAAGAAGGCACGUUCAGGGACAGCCCUGCCGUCCUACCGCAAGUUUGUCACCAAGAGCAGCAAGAAGAGCAUCUUCAUCCUGCCAAAUGAUGACCUGAAGAGGCUCGCGAGGAGGGCAAGCAUCAGAGAGGUGCCCAUCUUCAACUACAACGCCAAGCCCGCCCCUGAUAUAUGGCCCUACCCUUCACCUCGGCCCACCUUUGGGAUCACAUGGAGGUACCGUCUCCAGACUGUGAGGUCGCUGGCAGGGGUCAGUCUAAUGCUGAGGCUGCUGUGGGCCUGCCUGAGGUGGGACGACAUGGCUGUUAAGCCCUCUCCUACUGUAGGGACUACUCGGAAAGAAACCACGGACACAGACGUCACUACAACAGAGAUUAUAAGACGAAGAGAUGUGGGGCCUUACGGCAUCCGCUCUGAAUACUGCAUCAGGAAGAUCAUCUGUCCUCUCGGAAACAGAGACACUCCCAAAGAAACCCCCACUCCGCAAAGGAAAGGCCUGCGAUCAAGCGCCUUGAGGCCCAAGAAGCAGGAGCCAGCCAAGCUGACUGGGCCUAUUGCUGUGGAGACAUGGGUGGCUGAAGAGGACCUGGAGCUGUGGGAGAUCAGGGCCUUUGCAGAAAAAAUAGAGAGGGAGAAGUCACAGGGUCUGGAUUCCUCUAAGACUGGCAGCAGUCUGAAGACUGCAGAGGAUGUCAAGGCCCAUUUGGAGAAUCAGCUGAAACAGGCCAGACUGGCUGCCCAGCAGAAACGCCUGGAGCAGCAGAGACUGAGUACAACUGCCACCACUUGUACAACAACAUCUACCACCACCUCAGCCAGCACUCCCAGCACCCCAGCGUCAGUUGGCCAGAGGACGGGUCAGGUCACAUCUGGAACCAAGAUGGUCCUGGCCUCCAAACUGGGCUCUCCAGUUUCCUUCCAGCAAGACAAAAACUUCCAGCAGUCUUUUGCUUCCUGGGUCAAACAGGGUCAGCCCAACAACAGCUCAGCCCCCACUGGCUCGGUGGCCACCAUGGCUAGCAGCAUCACCACCUCAGAGCAAACCUUCCAGAUUGCUGGCAGCCCAGUGACUGUGGCUGGCCAAGUCCUCGCCGCCAAACUCCCGCUGCCCGCAAACAGCAAGAUUGUCACGCUCAACAUGCCCACCACGCAAGGAGGUGUAGUUCAGCAGAAAGUCCUUGGCAUAUUCCCCUCUGGGCCCCCUGCAAACCUUCGGACAUACAGCACACUACAUCCUACGACCGGCAACAUCAACCUCAGAGCCACCACCUCUGCCUCAACUACACAGCAACAGGCCAUCACAGCUGGAGGCCAAACACCGCCUGGCACGACGACGAGCCAGUCACCCACCCUGUCUACCUCUGUGGGCACAGCAAUGGUCAGAGGUCCAGCGACGGCUCAUCAAGGACAACCUCAGCAGGCUGUGACCCAGAUGGGCCGUGGCCAGCCUGGAUCCACAGCUGUGCCUGGUUCCACACCUGUGCAGCCAACUGCAGCUCCGAGAGCAGCGGGUGCUGCGGCAUCACCUCACGCAGCCACCGCAGCACCCGGGCAGUCACCUGUAACUUCCUCCCACGCCAACAGACCACAGCAGGGUCAGGUUAAACUCACUAUGGCACAGCUCAUGCAGCUAACACAGGGUGCUCAGGGUGGAAACCCAGGACUGACGGUGGUGAUCCAGGGUCAGGGCCAGACCCAGGGACAGUUGCAAAUCAUCCCACAGGGUGUAACAGUCAUACCUGGUCCUGGUCAACAGCUGAUGCAGGCAGCCAUGCCCAAUGGCCAGGUCCAGCGCUUCCUCUUCACUCCUAUGCCCCCAUCCACGACAGCUUCAGCUUCACCACCCACUGCUGGUACCCCUACAAAGCCUGCCAUAGCUCAGACCCCUCAAACCCAAGGUCCAACCCAAGUCCAGUCAACUUCCUCAGCCCUAGCCCAAACCCAAAUGGCCGCUCCUGUACCUGCCCCAACACAUGUUGCAGCCCCAGCUCCAACACAAAUGCCACGUUUGGCCCCCACCCCAGUGUCAGUCCCUGUGCAAACCCAAGUCUCAGCUGCUACUCCAUUAUCAGUCCCUGCACAAUCUCAAAUAUCCACUCCUGUGCCUGCCCUGCCAACUCAGGCCUCAAAACAGGUUUUAUCGUCCACACCAGCCUCUGUCCCCGCACAACCACAAGUGGCAAGACCCGUGCUUGCACAACCACAAAAUGCAGUCCCAGCCAUGCUGCAAAACCAAGUCUCCACCCUCACCCCAGGCUCAUUACCCACACAGACCCAAACUGCAGUGUCGCUACCUGUCCCAGCACAAGUUGCACCUCAGUCCCAGCUCCAGACACAGGCCUUCAGCCCUGUCCCAGCCUUGACCUCAGCCCCCAUCCAGAUGCAUGUUACUGCUCCCGCCCCUGCUUUAGCCCCUCUCUCAGGCCCCUCUAAUUUAGUCCAGAUGCCUGUUUCUGCUUCACUUCCCUCACCUGUCCAAGUUCCAACCCCUGCUCUUGCUCCUGUCUCUGCUCCUGUCAUAGCUGUUGUGUCCACCCAAAUUGCUGUCCCAUCCCCAGCCAAAGCUCUAACCCAAAUCCAAGCCACAGCUCCCGUUCCCCUUCAUGCUGCUGUGGCCAGUGCUGUUGUCACACCAGUCACAGCCACCUCGACAACACCUUCAGUGCCAGCUCUGACGGAGCAGAGGGCAGCGCAGCCCCAGGUCUGGACUCCAGCCUCAUCUCAAGCUCAGACUCCAGUUCUACCAGCUCAACUGGCUGCAGCUCCCAUUCAGUCAUCUGCCUUGGCCACUGUACCCAUCUCUGCCCCUGCAUCAGUCUCCACACACUCACCCAUUACCUCUCUUCCUCAAGCAUCUCUUCCUCCUCAAGCUCAAGUACAAGUCCAGCAACCUACUGUUGUAUCCAUGCAGCAAGUGUCUCAAAUUCCAGUCUCAGCAGUGCAGGUUCAUAUGAAGGGAUUACCAGUCUCUUCUGUUGUUACUACUGCGAGACCUACGCAGCCUCAGCUCCAGCCCCAAACCCAUACUCAACUUCAGCCCCAACGUCAGGCCCCAAUCUGUGCACAGGUUCAGGUCCAGCCCUAUGACCAAGUCCAACAAAUGUCACACAUUCAGGCUCAGGCACAUCUCCAAGCACAAGCCCCAAACCACCCCCAGGUUAGAGUUCAGUUUCAGUCACAAACUCAGCAGCCACCCCAAGCCCAAGUACAGCCCCUUGCUCAAAAUCAACCUCAGGUGCAGUUUCAAUCCCAAAACCAAAACUUGCCCCAGGUCCAGGCCCAACUUCAGUCAAGGGUCCAACCUCAGUACCACCCCCAGGUACAAGUACCAUUUCAAACACAGGCCCAAACCCAACCCCAGGCUCAGCAACAGCCUCAAGUCCAACCUCAACCCCAGGUUCAGUCUCAGGCCCAAACUCAGCUACAGCCCCAGAUCCAAACCCAACUCCAUCCCCAGGUUCAGGUUCAGUUCCAACACCAGGGCCAGGUUCAGCCACAGCCCCCACAGCAACCCCAGGUCCACACUCAGUCACAGGCCCAAACCCAGCCCCAGUUUCAAGUACAGUCACCACAGCAUGUCCAGCAACAGAUUCAGGUCCAAGCCCAGCCCCAAGUCCAAGCUAAGCUCCAAGUCCAGUUCCAGCCUCAGAACCAAACUCAAGUUCAAGCGCAGCCUCAGCUUCAGGUCCAGUCUCCAAUCAGACAUCAGCUCAUCACAGUUCCAGGCCUCCAGCCAGUUCAGCUACUCUCAGCUCUACCACCUCAUGUUGCUGCCCAGAUACAAGCCCAGAUCCAGGCACAGGCACAGCAGCAGGGUGGCACAGUUCCCCAGCAGAUCAAGUUACAGCUGCCUAUCCAGAUCCAGCAGACAGGAGGGCAAAUUCAGGCUCACCAGAUCCAGAACAUGGUGACCCUACAGGCACCAGCAAGCGUCCAGGAGCAGCUCCAAAGGAUGCAGCAACAGCAACAGCAGCAGCAACAGCAACAGCAACAGCAGCAGCAGCAGCAGCAGCAGCAGCAGCAGCAACAACUACAACAAAAACCAAAGAAGAAGAAACACCACGAGGCUAAAAGGGAACAGAAAGAGCAGAGCCUGCAGGCUGUUAGUCCUGGGGAUGGCAUCCAAAAACAGGCGGUAGUGAAGCAGAAUGCUACAGCAGAGCAGCUGAAACAGAAGAAGACGCUGGCUGCAGCUGAGCGAGAGGAGAACCAGAGAAUGAUUGUGUGCAACCAGGUGAUGAAGUUCAUCCUCGACAAGAUUGAGAAGGACGAGAAGCAGGCAGCUAAGAAGAGAAAGAAGGAGGAGGUGGUGGAGCAGAAACGCUCUAAACAGAAUGCCACCAAGCUGACUGCACUGCUGUACAAGCACAAAGAACAGCUGAAGGCUGAGAUCCUGAAGAAGAGGGCCCUGCUGGACAAGGAGCUGCAGCUGCAAGUACAGGAGGAGCUGAGGCGGGACAUAGCCAGGCUACAGAAAGAAAAGGAGAAAGCGAGAGCUGCCAUCACCCAGGCUGCUGCAGCAACAGUCAAGGCAGCCGCUUCCCACUCCUCCCAUCCAUCUCACUCUACACAUUCCUCCCACAGUGCCCACACAGUGCCCUCACCUUCCUCAUCCCAUAAACGCAAGAGAGAAGAGGAGCGGGACAAAGACAAAAACAGAGAUAGAGACAGGCACCAUGACAAGGACAAGAAACGGGACAGGGAUAAGGACAGAGACAGACAUAGAGACCGAGAUAAAGAGAGAGACGGGGAUCGUGAGAGGGAGAAAGACCGAGCGCGGGACAGACAUCGGGACAGGGACAGGGAGAAGGAGAGAGACAGGGACAGAGACAAGGACAGAGAUUCCAGCUCCGCAAAACACAAGAAGAAGAAGAAGCUCUCUUCUACCUCAAAGGAUCACAAGAAGGACAGCAAAUUGUACUGUAUCUGCAAAACACCCUACGACGAGUCAAAGUUUUACAUAGGGUGCGACCUGUGCUCCAACUGGUUCCAUGGUGCGUGUGUUGGCAUCACCGAGAAAGAGGCCAAGAAGCUGGAGGACUUUGUGUGUAAUGACUGCAAACGUGGUCAGGAGGGAGGAAGCAAUGAGGAGUUAUACUGCAUCUGCCGGACACCAUAUGACGAAUCACAGUUUUACAUCGGCUGCGACCGCUGCCAGAACUGGUACCACGGGCGCUGUGUGGGCAUCUUGCAGAGUGAGGCCAAUCACAUCGAUGUGUACGUCUGCCCGCAGUGUCAGUCAACAGAAGAUGAGAUGACAGUCCUCACGCCGCUCACUGACAAAGACUAUGAGGGGUUGAAAAGAAUAUUGCGCUCGUUACAGUCUCACAAAAUGGCAUGGCCAUUCCUUGAACCAGUGGAUCCCCAUGACGCACCUGAUUAUUAUCGUGUAAUCAAGGAGCCAAUGGACUUUUCCACAAUGGAGACCCGUUUGCAAAAGCGACAUUACCACAAGCUCACAGAGUUUGUAGCCGACGUGACCAAAAUCUUUGACAACUGCCGCUAUUACAACCCCAAUGACACGCCCUUCUUUCAGUGUGCCGAGGUGCUUGAAGCCUUCUUUGUACAGAAGCUGAAAGGUUUCAAAGCGAGCAGAUUGUCAAAUUCUUAAGUGGGCCAGUCUGGAUGGACUGGAUGCUGGGGUCUCUAGUAAUAAUUACAUGGAAACUAUGUAUUUCCAGAACAGCAAAUAUAUUCAUGACUUAAGAAAAAACACCACAAGAACACACACAGAAACACCAAAUGUGCUUUCAUAAAAAUGUCACCAAUUCAACAUUUUUGGUAACCAUUAUAAUAUUCAGUUUAAUCACAAAAUGGCAGCCAUGUUGAUUUGUGUUCACCAUGUAAUUGAGGGACAUGCUUUCUUCUCAUCACUUCCCUAAAUCAGGCCUUUUCUAGCAAUCAUCACAGUAGCUAGGAUGUUUUCAGUGGGAUUUUAAAUGCGUCUUAUUUCCCAACUUGGGUUUAUUUUCUGUCACACAUCUGAGUUGGACUGGAUAAUGUAUUAGCCUUACCAGAUGUAAAAAAAAUAUAUAUAUAUAUGAAGCUGCAUAUUUUAUUAUAGAGAUAUUUAUGAGAAGUUUUGUAUGUUGCGUCCCUUUGAGUUUGAUUGAACUGGUUAUUAAAGGUGGUUGUCUUGAAUGUACAUACUUUUAUCAUGCACAGUGGUUGUAAGAUAUGUCUGACUGUAUUUGAGUGUUUUAAAUAGUAAUGAAACAAAUCGUUUUAGAUAGUGUUAUUUUAUCAAACUAAAAUGUACUAUAGAGAAUGAGGAAUUGGACCUCACCCUGUUCCUCACUUCACAAAGUAACCUCAAUUUGUAGUUGUGGAAGAUUGCUUCAGAAACAAAUGCAUUCCCUGUAAAUUACACCAACAUGGCUGCAGGAUCCUCUGUUGACCCCUUUGCAUCCUCUGUGUCUGUCUGUUGAGAUGUCACAACAAUAAACAAAAUGCGAAGGGCUCUCAACUUUCCCUUCUCUCCACAUUCUGUAGGUCUCAUAACAACAAGCUACAGUGUUCUUCAGCCUCUUAGAAAGCAUCGCACAUUGCUCAGACAAAAUGCACUUGCCAAGAAUAUGGCUUUUCUGAACUGUAACUCUGUGACAGACUCCUCUGCCUCAUCGUAUGUUUGGGAUCUGCUCCUCUGACUGUCGGCGCAAGCAGCACUGCUGCGCCCACAGAACUGUUCAGGCAGAGCUGCCCUCUGCCCAUUUGAUCUCUAAGGGACCUUUUUGGACCUGGUCUUCAUCAGUGGGACUGUACUGAGGAGUGUGAACAACUGAGGCAUUUCAGAAGAAAGUUUACCUCGGAGAAAAGACUCUUAAGGAGCUCUCAUAUUUCCACGUUAUUUUUUUUCUUUCUUUUUUUAUCUCAGUCUUAUUUUUUUCCUUUCUUGUUGAAAAUCCCUCAGGCCAUCUUUGUGGUCAUAAUGUCCAAUGAGGAAUAGGAAAUUGAAUACUGACAUACAGUGGCUGAGUUUUACUGAGCGUAUCAACAGUUUUGUGUCUAAAUUCAGAUUUCACAGUGGAGCAACUUUUUUUUCGUCCCAUUUCCACUCAUUGUCUAGUCUGAAGUGGCAUGAAAGACAGUUGUACUAAAUAUCUGGACAUCAGUAGUCUGCUUGGUUAAACUUCUAUAACCUACUGAAAGUACGGUAAUAAGCUAUUGUAAAAUAAUUGCUCUGCAGUAGUGACUGAUUGAGAAGGAUGAAACCAUGUAUUUGAAGGUUCCUGCCCUGUUUGUAAAAAUUUGUCAGAUUUUGACUGAAUUUCUUUUUCUUUUUUUGUAUUACAUCUGAAGAAAUAUUGAUGUAUAUGGAACUUAAUAAAAUGGAAAAGACUGA